AUGGCACUCACGAUGGUCGCCCAUACGAUACCGAGUGCACUCCAGGAAGUCUCUGCUCCAAUCACGACUAAUGGCGAACCGCUAUUGAAUAGGCCAUACGCGAUGGCCAUGAUCACCUCACGGACAAGCGCCUUGUCGCCACCUUGCAGAUCACUGGUUCGCAAGGUCGAAAAGCAAGAGGUUCCCAAUGUUGAAUACAAAUGCAGCAUCUCACCUCUGCGCCCAGAGCUAAGCGUAGCCGGCAAGACUAUCGUUGUCAUCGGUGGAGGAUCCGGGAUCGGGCGAGAGACUGCCCUGGCUUUUGCUACCGCCGGAGCUGCUCAUGUGGCCCUUCUUGGGCGAACCGAGGCUACCCUCAAGGAAACAGCCGCGCUGAUCCCAUCGGCUGGCAAAGCAUCAAGCUCAGUCCACGUCUCCGACCUGACUCAAGCAGCAAGUCUAAAGACCGCUGCUGCCGCGGUGGGGGAAUGGCACGUACUAGUUCUGGCUUCUGCUUACUGUUCUAACCGAGCACCGGUUGCCUCCUCCGAAGUAGACGACUGGUGGAAAGGUUUCGAGACCAACAUUAAAGGGACGCUUCUAGCGGCUCAGGCGUUCCUGCCAACGGCCCAUCCGUCACAAGCAGCCAUUCUUGGCGUGACCACGGACGUAUCUCUCAUGCCCACUACUUACCUCCCAGGGCUGUCGUCAUACGUCGCUUCCAAGCUCGCUCAGGCUAAGGUAUACGAGUUUCUGGCAGCUGAAAACCCGAAUAUCUUCGUCGCCACGAUCUACCCCGGCAUGGUCGAGACCGAUAACUUCAGACGGACGGGGGGCAAAGCUGAGAAACUUCCUAUGGAUACAGUGCAACUUCCUGCUCACUUUAUCGUCUGGAUGGCUAGCCCCGAGGCCACCUUUCUUAGGGGACGCUGCGCUUGGGCUAAUUGGGAUGUGGAUGAGCUUAAGGCUAAAAAGGAUAAGAUCCUUGAGGGGCUGUUCAUGACGGCUGGCUUCAAGGGCUUGCCUGAGGGCGCUCACUUGUGAUGAGUUUACGUUGGAAUGAAUAUUUUGAAGACUUGCGACUCUUGUAGGACUUGGAAGUUUAUGUUAGCAUGAGCCGUAAAGGUGUGUAAAAUAUCUCCCGGUCUGGAAAUUCUGUCUGGGUAGCCCGUCUAAGUCCAAACAAUCUCAUUAAGUUGUAUUGUCGCGAAAUAUGUUAUGGUAUC